ACAAGAUCACCAUGGCGUCCGAGCCAGCAUGGGCAUGUGUGGCGUCGUCUGCGUUUCCUCUGAUUUAUUCGUACAGCAAGGACCUGACCCUGGGAGGAACAAGAAGUCGAUCCAUGGAGAAAGACCAUGUCAAGCUCAUCCAAGCCCUUGAGCAGCAACUCAAGCUCAAGGGUCGAAGUGUCGCCAACAAAGCCGAGACGUUGUUCUUCUACAGCCACUUCCCAUUCCUGACGCCAAUCGAGUUGGAACUGGUACUCCUUCGACUUUCCGAGCAGUUCUGUGCCCCAACGUCGUCGACGAGCUUCCGGGUAGCUAUCUUGGCGCUGUUUGAACGCCUUCAAGGCCAUUUCCCCAACAAAUCCAUUUCCGACGUUAGCAAGAUCACCACCCCCAUUGCGCAAGUUGUCGCUCAGCACGAUCUUGUGGAAACCCGAGUUCUCGCAUUGCGAGUGCUGGCCAUCCUUGCUCCAUUCUGCCGCGACGAUGCGACAGCGCAUACCGCCAUAUUGCACUCGAUUGCAUCGAGCCAACAUUCUGAAGUGUCGGUGGCCGUCGCGACGGCGGUCGCGCUUGUUCCACACUCCCCAUCAUUUCAACAAGUAGCGGCCCAGACAUUCCUUUCAGACGCCCUUCAACUCCACACGCUGCCACUCUUGCCCCUACUCUGCGCCGACUCUUCGAUCGCUCAUGAGCAAUAUGCGAAAUGCCACUCCUUCCUUCAUCGCGGUGUGUAUCACAACGACGACGGGGUUGUCGAGUAUGCCAGUAUCCGGUGGGUCGCUCCGAUUUUAACCACCAUGACGCAGCUAUCGAUCCUUGACCUGACUUCGACGCGGCUGACGUCAUUAACGGCGCUCUUUCGCUCCCUCCUCGCGCCUUCGCGUGUGAAUGCCUCUCUUCAACGCAUUGUCCUGCGCUGCUGCUGCUGCCUCACGCUGGCCCCACCCUCGACGCCGUCGCACAUCCUGGACGACCUGCUCCACGUCGUUGCCGGCACAAUCUAUCCGCAUGCGUGCUCGGACGACGUGGACAUGGACAUGCUCGUCUUCUUUGAACGGUGGUCUCAACACCGAGCGCUACCGGAAGACCUGACGGUGCCCCGGCAGCUGUUUGCUCGGCAGGCAGCACCGCGCGCCUCGGCGAUCUUUGCGCGCAUGCUGUUCCAUCAAGCCCGCCACCAGCCGUUGUCCAUCGAUGGGGACCACCGGCCGACGACGUCCUCCGCCGCCGCGUCGGUGGCCGUCACAUGCCUCGUCCAAGUCCUGGUCGAAGCUCCAGUCAAGAUUCAACCCACUAUUAUCAAAGUUGUCGAAGGGCUUGCCACGUCAUGUCCCCGCGUCGCGACCGCUCUGCUUUCACGGCUCUGCCAGGCUUUGCUAGAGAGCAACUGUCUGUCGUCGGCCUCUGCGAUGUGGGUGCUGGUGUCGCACCUGGCAUCGAUUGGUUCGGUGCCCGACACCAUCCAGGCAGCCAUCGUCGCCACCGUGCCCUCCAAGUGGACUGCAAAUGAGUCCACGACCGCCUUGGCCAUGGUGGUCACGCUCUUGCGCAGUGGUGGUGGCUACUCCUCUGCCGACUCUCGGCGACAAGGCAUCCUCGUCGCCAUGACCACCCAUGAUGAUUCGUAUGCGUUGUACCAAACUGCUCGGGAAUGCAUCCUCCACGGCGCAUUUGACAUUGCGACGAACAUCUUGUCUAGAGUUAAAGCCCACUGCGCGUCUGAAAGAACUGGCCAUUGGAUGGCGGCGUUGCAUGCAUGGACGUCGGCGGAAGGCCUGUUGAUGUCCCAGCCGUCCAUCGUGCCAUCGGUCGGACUCGUCCACUUGCACGCUGCCAUCACGUCGCUCGAGGCGGCGGCGACGUCGACAACGCCCAUGGACUUCCCCCUUGCGUUUUCAAACUUCCGCGUUGGCUAUCUCACCACACUUCAGUCUCUCUUCCAGCAUAUGUUUGAGGUUCAAAUCGCGGGAACCAGCAGUAGCGUGGGAGCGUCGUCGUCCGCCCAACGCCGCCGCCUUGGGGACGUCGCGAGGGACUUCACGUUGCAUGCCACGACCGUGCUUUCAUUGGGGCGUGCAUCCUGGAGCCACGAGGAUCUGCUUCUGCUGGCCGCGCAUGGCCACCUCUGCCACGUCCUCCACGACGCCGUCCAUCGCUUCUUCGUGAUGCCACCACUCAACUCGUCGGAGACGCCUGUCCACCAGCCUCACUCCAUCCGUCAGUGGCCGGGGUCUGUCGCCGGCACGUGUCAUCGCUUGACCACGCCGUCCCCCCUCUGGCACUUCUGCAACGCCCUGGACAGCGAGUUGCCCCAUGUGCCCGUGCCCGCCUCGCUUCGGGACGCUGCCGCCCUCGUUGUGGACCUUGCGCGCGCCGCGAUCGCCGUCCCCUGUGCGAUCCCCCGACAAUUUUUCCGCACCACCUCCGUCGACGUGCCAUGCGACGUGCAGAUUGCGUCGGCGUCGCUGAAAAUGAUGAGCCGCAGUGUGUUGGGGCUGGCUGCGCACACUCCCACCUGCCACGGCCACCUCCAUGUGUCAAUGGACUUGGCACACGCUCGACAUGGCAGCCCCCUAAGGGAUCAUAUGUCGCCUUCUUGGCGACUGGUUUUCGAAGGUGCGCUGGAUAACGGGUUUGCCUUUACGACCCACGCAGAGUAUGCCCACGACGGAAAGAAGCGGUGGCAGGGGGCCCUUCCCCUCCAAGUGGACGCCGGAGGGUUUGGGGCUCAAGGCACGUCGUGUGCCCUGAUUGGUCACCUCUGGCUAGUCAACAGUCACGAGCGAUGGCUGGUUGCAGAACGAGUCCUUGAGCGCACUGUGGUGGUGUACUAGUUAACACGUUGAUUUGUAUCGAUUGUUUAC